GAAAUGCCGUUUGGCUCGGAGCAUAAGGAAAAUCGCUUGCGAAUCAGUUCAAUACCACAACCAACCAUGCGUGAGACCCACACGACCACUUUAGAAAGAAACGCAAAUGAAAGCACCACCUUACAAAUCGAUGAUAAAGAGCUCACUGAAGUGGCCGUGGUUCUGCGCAAGUUGAUGAAAAGUAACGUAACACUCGAACAACUCGCUAAACUUCUCGGUGAAGAUAUUGACAAUUCGACAAGUCAUUCGUCUCAAAUUGGUGCGCAACAUUCCACGGAACGAAUCAAAAACGAUGGUCUCAAGAAUGGUGCCACAAAAAUGUUCCUGAAAAGUCCAACGAGUGCAAAACAUUCAUCGCAAACUCACUAUAUUAGUCGAGCAGAGAUCAACGAGUCAAUAGAACGAUCGAAUGGGAUCAAUCAAAAUCAAUUGAACAACGAUCUUGGAAAUGAAUCAAAACGGCAACAGCAGCAAAAUCUGGACAAGCUAGAACACUUCAAACCAGAGGAAACGUCGACUGAGAUUGCAAGUCAAAACUCCAUUUUAACGAAUAUCUCAGAGAGUUUUCGAGAAGAUGAACCGAGUAAGACCUCAAAGAAAGCAGAAGAUGCUCACCACGAGAAUCGGAAAGAAAACGUUCUUCUAGCGAUGGACAGGUGA